AUGCGUUUGGCUAGUGGCUUCUUUGCCAAUCUUACAAACAUUAAACUACACGAAAAAUCGGAUGCAUUUAAAAUCAGUUUACCGUCACAUUGGGCAUGGUUUUUUCUUCGUUCGCAACAAUUAUUCUUGUUUUUCCAAGACGCUACACAUGUUGCCACUAAAUGGCGAAAUCGUUUAUUGUCGUCCAAAGCCCAACUUGUUCUUGGUCAACAAGGAAUUACUAUGCAACAUCUUCAAGAUAUAAUCGAUAAUGGAUAUACCAAAAUUGACCAUGGUUUAGUACAAACUGAUAUUAAUCCAAAAGAUAAACAAAAUUAUGCUUCAUGUGAAAAAAUAGCAUCUGAAGAUGUUUUAAAUAUUUUGAAACAGAAUAAGGAUACUCAGGCUACUGACGUUUAUCUUCGACUAUUGAAACAUAUAAUUAUUGCAUACAUCGAAAAGACAACAAACAUAAAAGAUCGUCUGCAUUCAGCAUGGGCCAUUGUAUUUACUUGUCGUCUCUGGAGAUCAUGGAUAAAGCACAACACAUUCAUCAGUUCAAAUUCCACAAGAAAAAAUAAGAAAAAUAACAACAAAGAUAAAUACUUUGUGACAACUCCAGUCUAUUAUUCAAUUGAAAUCAAUGCACACAAUUUAUUAUACUUAAUAUUGUUAGUGAAGCAACAGCAACUACCUAAUAAUGCGUUGAAUGUACAUUUAUUUAGUUCUCAGGCAUGUGAAUCCACAUUCAGAAAUACAAGAGCAUUGAGUGGGACUUAUUCAACAAUGGUAAAUUUUACAGUUAGUGAUUUUCUCGGACGAGCUGAAAAAUUAUCUGUGUUGCAACAAAUAAAGUGUUAUGAAGAAACAAAUAAUAAUGGGCGCGUAUUAUUUCCAACACAUCAUAAACAUAAACAAAAAAAUGAUUUAACAACAUAUCAAAAUAUCAAUAAUAUUGAUACAUUAAAUAUUGAAGAAGUGAUUUUGACCGCUUAUGAAACAGCAAAAAAGCUUCUUGAAAAUUUGGAAAUAUCGAACUUGUUAAAGCGACAUAAUAUUUAUCAACUAAACAAUCUUAGCCAGCACGUAUAUGAUGAUUUGAAAUCCACUAGUAGAACAAGUGAUCAUUCAACUUUUGACUCAAGCCACGAAAGUGAAAGCGACUCUGAAGAUUGUUUAUCAUUAGAAGACGAUAGUAUUGAUGAAGAAGAUGGAUAUUCUGAUGACAAUAACAAUGACGACGAAUUAUCCACCACAAAAACAAAUUUCUCCGGUAUACGCCUAUUUAAUUUCAUCAAUCCAGAUCUAAAAGACUCUUAUUUUAAAAUUUAUCUGAACAACGGUAUCAAAUACAUGCACAAACAAACAGCAUGUUGGCUUCUAACUGACAAAAACAAUCAAUUGUCAUCUGAUCGUUUAAAGAGAGUGAUUGAAACAAAUAGACAAGAAUAA